ACGGGGAAAGGCCAUUUAAUUGCGGGAGAAAGUUCACAACUGGGGAAGGAGCUCCCACGUUUACAGAGAGCAGCAAGUGAUGUCAAAGCCUACUGGUGAUGUGGCUUGUCAUUCUGAGGGAGGGGCAAGCUGGGGCAAAAGCACUUUUAAAAGAGACUGAGGAAGUGAACCUGCGAUGCCACCGCAAAGCAGCCCUUCAGGGAAAGCCAAUUGACUACCCAGCCUCCUGGAGAUUACAAGGAAGACCACCCUGAGGUGAAACAAAGGAGAGAUGAGGGGGACGGCAAUGAAAGGACUUGGGCUGUUCAUUUUCAGUGCAAUUCUGGUGUCUGCUCACGCCCUCAUUGUGGAAGCACCUGAGAAGCAAAUCCAAGUGGCAAGAGGAAGAAACGCUACCCUGCGCUGUAAUUUUAAAACAAACUCAGCUCCUGACAGAGGAGACCUGGUUGUCUGGAAGAAAAUCAAUAGCAAGGUGGAUGCUGUGACGCGGUACUUUGAUGGGCUCGUGCAGUACGGGGAGGGCUACGACCACCGCAUCCAGUUCAGCGGCGACGUUGCCAGCGGGGACAUCAGCAUCACCAUCGGUCCCGUGACCAUGGAGGACAACGGCACCUACGUCUGCAGCGUGCGCCUCCGGGCCGACGCGCCCCGCCAGUCCGCGCUCCUGGAUCUCUUUGUCCUCGUUGCACCAUCCAAGCCUGAAUGCAAGAUUCUGGGGACACCAGAAUAUGGACAGACAAUCAACCUGACCUGCGCUUCUCACGAGGGCUCCCCAGCACCCAAAUACACCUGGAAAAGCUUCAAUGUGCAAAAUGAGCCCCGUCUGCUACCAUACACAGAAGGGCAGCAAAUAACUCUGAAGAACAUCUCAGCAGACACCUCUGGCUUUUACAUCUGCACUUCAACAAACAUUGUGGGAACGGAGUUUUGCAACAUGACAGUCAGCGUUGUGCCACCAUCCAUGAACAUAGCUCUGUAUGCUGGCAUCAUUGGGGGAGUUGUUGCUGCCAUUGUGGUGAUUGGGAUCAUUGCCUACUGCUGCUGCUGCCGGGAAAGCAAGGACACUGACUAUGAGAUGACGGUGCAAGAAGACAGAAGUGAACCCUCCAGGCAGAUGCCAACAAGGCAUGAGAGCAUAGGGGAGGAUGUGGAGAAUGCAUGAAUGAAUGAAGAAACCAUUGCCAUCUCCAGGAUCUGCUGAGGCACAUACAUCACUGCAGAAAAGAAUUCAAUCCCUCUUUCUUACUACAAGAAGUUGAAUUACAAAAUGAAAGCCAAAGGCUCUGCCUUCAAGUUCUGGGAGAGAACAUUCUUGCUUCCCAGGAAAUAAGUGCUUGAUGUACAGUGAGCAAUAACACACACUCUCAUAGCAGAAAAAUGCACAUGGAGCACUGCUGCACCCAGUCAUCCAAAAAUAACCAGUCUUCCAUACUUCCAGCUUUCUGAAAAAAGAAACUAUCAGGUUCUAUUUGGAGAACAGAGGAACAAAGCUGUUAAUGUAUCCCUAGAUCCACGAAAGGUUUGAAGGUCACCAACUGCAUUUCAUCAAGGAAGGGUCAUCUUGUUUACUGAGUCAUGCAAAUGUCACAGCUUUCACCACUGUUCAACACAGGAACUGUUUUUAUGGAGGUUGAAGCAAGAUGAUUUUUAAAGACAUUUUGUUAAAUGUGGUUUUCGUAUGUGUUAUACAUACACAUAUAAAUAAAUAUAUGUAAAAAAACCCCACUGAUGACCAGUGAGUCUCCUAUUUGGGACAACAGUGCAUAAUAAUAUCACAGAUAAGGUAAGAACUUAGAUGGGCAGCUGAUAAGAACUAGAAACACUCUAGCAGCCUAUUUACUGACAGACUCCUGAAUUUUUGAGUUCCAGCUCCCAGAGCUCCUAAUUUUCAUUACAUUACUUUUUCCUGCUGAUUGUUGCAUGGGCAAGUCAGAAAUAGUCCAUUGCUCCUGCUGCUUCUGAAAAAAUGACAAUGUGAGAGCAUGUACAUGGCAAGUACAUCCUAAAUUAAAAAAAAAGGGGGGGAGUGGAAGGAAAAAGGAAAAAAACCUUUUUGUUCAAAACUGUAACAAUUUAAUCAGAAGCACUGCAUUUUAUGUGCAAGAUGUGUGCAAAUGUGGAGGGAAAUCCUACCACUGCUAUCUUUGGAAGAGAAUGGACUGUCCACCACCAAGGACUAUCAAUGGAUAUGAAAGCUAAUUAAAAGCUUUUACUUUUUUUUUUAAGAUACUUUUGCAGUAAAAUAUUUAUCCUUUCAAAACUCAUUACUGCAUCUUCAACUUUGGGAGUUUCAGCAAUGCCUCCCAUAUACUCUUUACCCCCAAACAGUUACUGUAAUAAAAAUCUAAAAUUUAACUUCAAAGAAAGAACGAACCAGCCAUCCUCCCACACAUGACCAGUAUUUUCUAGAUUUCAAACUAUGAAAACCACCCUACCAGAACUGUAAUUCUGGCCUGCUUUCUGGCUGCCUUUGUUUUACAUAAUACUUAAAAUACAAUUACUCAUUUGUAUUAAUAACAACUGCAAAGACCAACAACAGGAGUUCUUUACAAAGAACACACAAAUCCAAAUCUCUCUGGAUAACCUGAAAUGCAAGACAGUCUGAGGACCUUUUCUCAUGAUGCAUGAGAAAACUUUGCAAAAAUGGAUGGCUAAAAAAGAAUGCUUCACAGAGAAGCUGAAGGUAGAUAAAAAAAUUUGGUGCAUAUCUCAGAAGCAGAGCUGAUAUGUAUUCCAGUCUCAUUGCAGCAAGCAAGGAUAGUGUGAAUUAUCUAAUUACCACUGUAACACAUUUCUACUAUGAAACAAAAGCUAUUUAUUUUAUAAAUGUUACAGACAUUAGUCAGCACAACCUGUUCCCUCCACCAGGAAUAACAGUGAGGGAUAACAGUGUGGAUUCUCAAAGAUCUCAACUGGAAAGUCCAGUGAAAUUUCCCCUUGAAAAUUAUCAGCAGAAUAAUGCCCAGAAUAUAGCCAGAAACUGGCAGUGGCCACUAAACCACUGUAACACUCUGCUACCUGUCCCACUUUUAGGACAUGUGAAGCUUAAUUGCUGUUUGUCAGCUGAAGUCUUCAAGUAACACUUGCACAGUGGUCAUUUUAGGCAUAAAGGAAAAUACAGAUUAGCAGUAAGCAACUGCACUAAGUUGUCUAAAGAAACCAGGCACAAAAUACAGAGGAGUUAACAAAAUGACCCCCAAACCCAUGAAUUUAAUUCUCUGCAAGCAGAUUCCAUAAAAACUAGCAGAGGAAAAGCAAGAGAGUCCAACUUGACAACAUUUAAAACAGAACUACUUUUAGUUCUGCAAUGCUAAGCUCACUUCUGCAUUGAGAAAUCAACUAAGUGAUCGCACAUGGAAAUAUGGCUGAGAAAAUUCAGUGCUGCACCAUUUUUUACCUUUUUUAAAAUACCUUGGAACUACUGCAUUUAUUAGAAUGCUUUAUGUGGUUUUCCUCAACCCAUUUGUUCUACCCUGUCAGCCAGAAAUACACAAAUACACAUAUUCAAACUCAUGUCUUAUUCCAGGGAUUUCCUGCAACUGAAUUAAUUUCCUGCCCGUCUUGUAUGUCUUUUGAAAAAGGAAUAACUCCAAGAGUUACCUCUAAAAUAGCCACAACCUUAUGCAAAAUUAAACCAGCAAUAAUGAAUUUGGAGGGAAGAUAAAUUAAGCUGGUGAUACUUAACUAAUUCCAAAGAUUUAACAUAUCUCUACCGAACUUCAACAACCACUUCCCGCAAAAGGCAGGAAGGAGGGAGAAAAUGUAUGACCAGGUAGAAAAGUAAAUUCCUACUUUUUUCUUUACAUAGCAAUCUAGUAGUUAUUAAACAUAGUAAACUACUGUUUAGUUAUGUUCAACUUUAUUCACAACCUUAUCACAGAAAGCAAAUAGGCUGGUCAGGCAUGAUUUAGCAUUGGCAAAUCCAUGCUCACUCUUUCCAGUCCCCCGCUUCUCUUUCAUGUACCCAAAAACACAUUCCAAGAGGGCUUGCUCCAUGAUUUUUCCAAGGAGUGCAGUGGAACUGAGCAGCCCAGGCUUUCCCAGAUCCCCCUUUUGACAGAUGGGUGCAGUAUUGCCUCCCAUUGCUGUGGACUUCCUGUGCUCUCUGUGACCUUCAAAUGUGAGAGAACAGCCUCAAAAAGGUGUUAGUCAGCUUCCUCAGCAUCCUGGGAUGCAGCACAUCUGGCUGGAAGGACUACAUGGGUCUGGAACUCCCACUGCUGCUGUUCUCAUCCCUGCACCCUUCCUGGAACAGAUCUGCUUUCCCAACAACAUCCCUAGAGCCCUGGCCAGUCUUUAGGGAUUCUUCCUUUGUAGCCCACACCUGCUUCUCCCUCCCGUACAUUGCACCAGGACAAGGAUGCAGCCACAAGGUCCCUGUGAAGACAAGAGUCUCCCAAUCAAUCUCCCUGCAUUCCUGGAUUGCUCUUGUGUUUGGGAAACACUGUCCUUAAUGAACUGCCAACCUUAAUGCUCCUUUACCCCACAGAGUUGGCACCAGGGAUUCCACCCCUCCCCAUUUACCACACAACCAUCAAGAUUUGCUCUCACCACUUUCCCCACUCUUCUCAGGAUCUUGGGAAAUAUUUCCAGUAUUACAGACACAGAAAGGCUGGUGCUGCCACAGUCUGCUUCAAGAUUCAGUACAAUGCACAAUUGACAACUUGUCAGGAAGACAGGAGUUAAUUAUUUCAGCAUCCUUGUUGCUAGAGCAACUGCACUCCUUUUCUGUUUAUUUCUACCAACUGUUCCAGGAAAGACACCGAGGCAAUGUUCUGGCUGAUGAAGUUCACAAUACAAUGAUCAAACCUCCAAGACUAAUUCUGGAUGUGUUAGAGCUCUACUAAAAUUAUUGCAGCCCAACGAAAGGGCAUUUGUAACUUCUGCUGCACUUCACCUGUUCACUAGGGAUUGAAGGGAAUUAUUUGAAAAUGGCAGAGAAGUUUAAUGGGAACCUCUCAGACAGAACCCUGGAAAAGUGAGGGAACAGAGAUAAUGCAGGGUUAGAUUAAUAGAAGUGUUUGCCAAUUUCUUCAUUUUACUAAAUCAUUGCAAUAAAAUUUAUUGGCUGGCCACUGUGGGGUGACAGUGAGGGACAAUAAUCCUGCAGAAGUCAUCAGGAGGGCAGAAACUAGAUAACAAACUUGUUUUUCACCUGCUCCACCAGACUCUGCCAGAAGGAAUGAUGUUGUUAAAGUCUUUGCAGUCAGCUGCAGCUACUUCUAUCUAUCAACCAGAAAAUAAAUCCAGUUUCACACAUAUACUUGAGUGACUUCACUUUUGGGCAAAGUCUGAAAUCCUUGCUAGCAGAAAGGGUUAGAACUUUUUAAUUCAACUAACAGGUCCAAAAGUACAGCCCCUCUACAAGACUUAUGCAGGUUUUUUAAAACUUAUCAAGAAAGAAAAAUACAACUAUUUUACAAGAAAAUCAAAACAGGGUUUCCCAGAAUAGAGGUUUUCAUUCACCCCAGACAAGUACUUAUUCAGAAGACUCUGACCUUCAGCACACCACCACUUGACUAUGACAGCUCAAGACCCAGCAUCCCUGAAAUGGCAGCAAGUUUCCUAAUGGGGAAUGACUCAGCAUGGACCUCACUCUAGGCAGCUGGCACAGGACACACCGCAUGGAAUGAGUAUCAGCUGUUGCUGUUAUCCAGGAUCACAGCACUGCUUCCUCCAGCCUGACAGAUCCUCCACUCACAAAAUCCCCACCAAACUGCUGCCUUGCUUCUAUCUUUUAGGAUCUGGAUGAGUGACACACUGUGCAAUAAAGAUUUAUUUUACCUUAGACACAGCAAACACUCUCUGAUAACAUAACAGCUAUAAUGCAGACCCCAGAAUUGGCACAGACAUCAAGAGUCAAGAGGUAGUGUGGCUUCCCUUCCCAUACAUCACACACUGUCCAGCUUUUCUCACACGUGGGAGGUGAGAGGGAGAGCUGCUGUCCAUGUGAGAGCAGCUGGAAUGCAGAGCUCCACCUGGGAACAGACAUGAACCAGUCGAAGCUCUGGAUAGAGAGGGGUUGGACACAGAGGACAGGCCAACAUGGGUGACGUUCCAGGGAGCUGUCUGCUGCAGAUGGCCCUGCCAGAGGGGAGCUCUCAAGGCCUUCUUCAGAUACCUGUGAGAAGGCUGACACUCAGAAGUGACAGAGGAGCCAAGGUGGUCCCUUCUGGAUCUCAUUCUUAUGGACAAGAAAUACCUGAUCAGGGAUGUGAAAGCCAGGGAGCAAAUUUAGCUUCAGUAACCACAAGAUAGUGGAGUUGUGGAUCCAAAGAGGGAGGAAAACAGCAAAAAGCAGCAUCACAGCCCUGGAGCUCAGGAGAGGGCCUGUUCAGAGAUCUGCUUGGAAGACUCCUGUGGCACACAGUGCUGGAAAGAGGUCCAGGUGAGCCUGGUGAUUUUCAAUUAUUACCUCCUCCAAGACAAACAGCAAAACAAGCAGAGGUCGAUCAUAGAGCUCCUGAUAGAACUCACCCCUGAAAAGGAAACACUCAGGAGACAGCCACAGGGACAAGUGCCUGGGGAGAAAUACAGAGGUGCUGUGUGUGUGCAGUUAUGGGGAUAGGAAAGCCAAAGCACACCCAAAGCUGCAUCUGGUGAAGCACAUGGAGGGCAAAAUGAAGGACUGCUGUAGGUACAUCUGAGUGGGAAUGGGCAGCUGGUCAUGAAGGACAAGGCUAAGGCCACAUUCACCUUGAGCUUUAAUGGUAAGAUCAGUCUUUCAAAGCAAAAUUCAAAUUAAAGAUGUCAAAACCAGGUUUUGCUGUAUCUACAGUAUGUAUGAGUGCUUCUGAGAGAAUGCUGGAAGUUCUGCCACGUCCCUGGCUCCUGCAGUUCACUGGAAGGAGAAGGUGGACAAGCCAGCAAUGCGUAAGUAACAGUUAAAUUAGAAGCAGCAGCAACUGCUGCUUACUCUACGUUAACAUACUCUAAACAGAAUGUAAAAGAACAUGACUGCAGGUCAACGUACUGAUGUAGACUAGAUCAGCAGAGCUGUCACUACAGUCAUUGUUUUUCAUGAUCCUCAGACAACUGUUCUGGCCAAAACCUUUAGAGUAGCAAUGUACAAUUAACCACUUGUCUACUACUAUUAUAACAAGAGCACAAAUACCUAAUAACUUUGCAAUGUGUGUGUUAAACCAAGAUGACUUUUUACUCAUUCCUGUCAGAGGAGAAGAGUCAGCUGCUCUAACAGGAGGGCAGAAAGUCAGGUCUGAUGGAAUCUAUCAGAUGUCUCCUUUACAAAACCAGCUCUUUAGCCAGCUCAACAGAUGUGCUACCAAACACCCACAUGCAGAGUGUUGUCACCAUUAUGUUUUAUCCUGUGGAAGGUGCAUGUUUAGAGCUCCCAGGCUGUACCACUCAAACUCUGCUCAAGAGUCUUGGUCUCUGCUCAAGAGUCUGCCCUGUCUUGGUUUUGUGUCCCCUUCACAAUUUUGUCAUGCAAGUGGUGAUAAUUUUGGCCUGAUUUUGACACAGUUUGUGCCUUACCAGUACUACUCCUUGCAUUUAGGAAGUGGGCUAAGGUUGCAAUCUCUCAUCUUUACUUUCCUUUACUUAAAGGAGAGAAGCAUGACUUCAUUGUGCUUGUUUUUCAGGAUCUGUUUUUCCAUAAGUCAAGAGUUGCAAAUUGAAGAACAAUCAGGGAAGCAGAGGUCCAAAAUUAAAGAAUUUUCUAUCAUCCUUCAACAGCUGUUAGGGCUCCCCCUCAAAAAAUGCAGAAUAACAGUAUGAAAUGAGCUACUUUAAGUUAUGGCACAGAUCUUAUGAUUUUCAAUACGAAAAACCCCCUCUAGAGUUGUUGGUUACUACAGUAAGACAGUUACUGCCCCAGUUAACAGCCUACUGCCUACAGAACAGAAUUAGAUCCUCUACAUCUUAUGUGCUAUUUUAAUUUACAGGUGGUAAGGUACAGAUAUGCCAAGGAAUCCUAAUGGCAUUUUCCCACUUCUGCUCACAUUCUUUAUCUCACUCUUGAUAUGUAAUACAUUAAGCUUAGUAAAAAGUGUUCUCAUGUUUAUGUACUUAACACCGAAUAAGUGUUUUAACAAUAAUUUUUAAUUGUCUCCUACAUAAGAACUGAAACAAACUUUUAUUGCAACAGUGAACUCUGAAAAUUCUUAAAAAACAAUAGUUCGUGUACAUUAUGAAAUAUAAAUGCAGCAGUGCCUGUCAGUUAAGGAGAUUGCACAAGACUAUACAAAUGCAGAAAAGCCUUUAGCACUACUUGAUAGACAUUGUCAGUCACUGUCAGUCUGUUACAACAUUCCCAGGUGCUUCAUUGGUAAAUUUCAGCCUUACAGCUUUAACGUCCCUUAUUUGGUGAGAAUCAGCAGGCAGGACAGCAGCCUCCAAGGAAGGAAAUACAGAAUCAAUUGAGGAAAUUCAGUGAUAAAGGUGAACAGUUUGGUAAGAACAUAAAUGCUUCAGUGAUCCUAAAACACUGGAAGAAAGGGUUCAACUGGCCUUACAGCAACUGUAACAAGUUUCCAACUAAACGAGCCCUUGGCCUUUUCUGACACACUGAUCAGCAUGCUCAAAUAAACCUCUUAUUCUGGCUGCAUUUUGGGUUUUGCUUACAUUUGUUUUGUUGGGGUUUUUUUCCUUAUUCAAGGGAACAAACCACCUCAUCCUGAGUUUCAGUACCUACAAGAAAUGAAAUCUUCACACAGUUAGUUGCUAUGGAAAUAGUAUUUCAAAACUGGACAUCUGUUGGUACAAAAUUUAGGAACAACUUAACAAAAUAAGCUCUUAUUUCUCAGAAUCACUUGCUUAGGAGACACAUGGACUAAGCACAAGGCUCAGACAACUUUUUGGGGAUUAGUCCAAGCACUACCUCCAUAAAAAGUAACAUCUAACUUCCCUAGAAAAUGUCAAGACAGUGUCCCACUUUUUUAUGUGCCCCCAAAUAAUAAUGACUGGUAUCUACCCAGCCUGACUAAAUUUUUGUGAAAUAUACCAGUUAGAAUUUGAAAAUUAGUCCAAAAAAAAAAAGAAAAAAACACC